AUGGCCGAGCGAGGCGGCGCGGCAUCGCCAGAUACCCUGCGUCCCGACCUUGUGCUGGACGAUGCAGAGCUGCAGGAAGCAGUGCAGCAGGACCAGUCGGCCGUAUUUCUACUCCAGUUUCUCACGCGCGCCGAAGCAGCGCUCUCGGUGUCGACCAAAGACAGCGAUGCAUUUGUCGCGCAAGCCCUGCGGCUCUGCGGUGCAUGCUGCGGCGACAAGCGUCCGCCCCUCGAAGUGUCAGUAGGAAGAAGUGCGCGGCAGCUUAUUGCGCGGUGCCUUGUCCUUAUUUACAGCGAAGCGCCAGCACGCCGCGGCGUACUGGACGCUGUCGGCGCGCUGCAUGCGUCGCUGCACGAGCCAGUGUGCCAUGAUACGCUUGCGCGCCAUGUAUCUGCGCUUUUCGUGAUUUCUGAGCUACUGCGCGCCUUUCCCGACGAGACCGCGCUUGCGCACGACGAACUAUUGCCGCUGUGCGUCCGCCUUGCGAAAGCGAGCGCGAGUCCCGUGCUUGCGCGCUACUAUGCGUUACUGCUUCUUGAGCGUGUGCUGCUGCAGAGCAUGCGCGAGCUUGGCAAGAAAGAGCUGCACAAAGUGCUGAAGCACGCGCUGGGCGAGCAGGCAGGCCCUGUUGUGCGCGGCGCUGCGCGGUGCCUCGCGGCACUUGCGCAGACGAGUGCGAGCUUUGCAGCGCGCAGCGACGUAGAAGCGAUGCUUGCACAGUGUGCGCGUCUGUGUAAUGAUGCGGACGUGUGCACGCGCCGCGCGCUUGCGCACCUCGGCGCCGCGCUGCUUGCUCAAACGCAGCGCGGCGGCGCACAAGCCACGCGAAGCGACGAGCUGGGCGUGAAAGCGUCUACUGCAGCGUCUCUCUUUACCACUGCAGAGAUGCUGAGCAUGCUACAGGCGUUAUUCUCCCGCGUAUCGCAUGCGCGCGCGCGGAACGGCGUGCUCCAAAUCUACGCGGCGCUUUUUGCGAGGCAGGGCGUUGCGUGGCUGGAGACGCACUACGACGAGGUGCUGCACCACCUUGUUUACGACCUCGGCGCCCGCGUCGCUGCUGCGCUUCCCUCCUUUGAGGCGGCGUGCAUGCGUGGCGGCGUGCGCAUGCUGCUGCAAGCGUACUUGUGCAAUUCGCUCUCUGAGCCCGCCAAAGAGCGUGCCGCUGCGGCGCUGCACCGCGUCGUUUUUAGUCUGUGGCCGCCGCCGACGCCGUCUGUCGCCCCUCCUAGCGACGCGGCGCUGUGCCUUGCGCUCGAGCUGUGCGCCGCACUGGUCGCCGAGCUUGGCGGCCUCGCGCGCGCGCUCCAGGAAAUCUUGUACGAGCCCAUCGUGCGCUUGCUCGCGCAUCCGCAGCGUGCCGUACAAGUGCGUGCGGCCUGGUGGCUGCGGCUUGUGUGCAGCGUAGAGCCGUCGCUGCUUGCGCCGUGCUAUACGCAGCUCCUGCACUUUGUGCGCCGCGACGUUGCGGCGCUGAGCACGCCGCAGCACGACCGCGGCGUGUCGCUGCGCGCGCGCCUCGCUGGCCACAGUGUUGCGCUGGGCGCGCUGGUGCCUGUCGCGGCGUCGCAUCCUCUCUAUGCGCUCAAUGAGGACGCCGAGGACGUGUUUGCCCUCGCGACGGACCUUUUGCACCACGUCGCGCACCACGGCCUGAGCGAGGCGGCCGCCGCGACGCACGCCGCAUGGACGCUGAUCGGCUCGCUUUUUGCCCUCGGCCCCCUCUUUGCGCGCCCCCACAUCCCCCGCCUCUUGACGCUCUGGCGCAACGCCUUGACGCUGCCCACGCUUCCGACCGCCGCCAACUUUAGCGACGCGGCGUGGGUCUUUUUGUUUCAGGUACGCCACGGCGCGCUUGCCGCUCUCCUGAGCUUUCUCAUGCACGGCGGCACGGCGCUAUUGACGAACGAGACGUCGCGCCGCGUAGCUGCAAUGCUGAGCAAUGUGCUUGCGUUCCUCGAUGGCUUUGCGGCGCACCUCCGCGCGUCCCGCGCAACGCUCGUGCCCGGCGCGGACGACGGCGCGGGGCAUCUGCUUUGCGAGCGCGAGCCGCUCUUGCGCGCGUAUACAUUGCGCUGCUUUACGCAGCUUGCGGACCAUCCGGCGCUCCACGUCCUGCAGCGCAACCUCGUCUCCCUCGCGCUGCAGACCUUUUGCAAGCCCGACCGCCUCUGCGGGAGCGCUGCGCAAGCCGCGAUCAGCGCGCGCAGCGGCGCAUUCCGCCACCUGUGGGACGUGCAGGACCAGUACGCGUUCGGCGUAACCAGCCUCUUGUCGCUUUCUGCCACGCACCUUGACGCGUGGAGUGCUACGUUUGUCUCUGCGGCAUUCCGUUGCGCGCCUGCGCCGCCGCUCGACACGCAAGAAGCGGUGGGCGAGGCGCUGGACGCGCUUGCACACACGCCCGUACUUGGCGCGCUCGAGAACGAGCCGAGCGCGGUGUACCUUGUCCCGCCAUUUCCCGCUCCCGACGCCUACACGGUGCUCUCGCCGUACGCGCCCGCGCCGCCGCCCGCGCGCACGGCCCAAGUCGACGCGGCGAUUGAGCUCUUUGCGGCGAUCUUUGCGUUCCAGGAGCGCGACACGCAGGUCGCUGCCGUCGAGUACAUGCACGCCGCAUGUACAUCCUCGCGCGCGGACCGCGACGCGGGGCGCACCAUGGCGCUGUACGCCAACGCGACGGUCGCGCUGCUCGGCGCGCUGCGCACGGCGAGUGCGGCGCCGCUGUCGCGUGCUCGGCGCCCCGCGGGCCUGAACAAUGACCGUGUGAAUAGCGCGAUUCGGCUGGUUGCACAAACAUCGCUGCUCGAAGGCGACCUCGUGCUGCGCGACGCUGCGGCGGAGCUGUACGGGCGCCUUGCGGCGCUGGUUGGCUCCCAAGGCGUCGCGGCCCAAGUCCAGUUCCUCGUGGAGCAGAUUCUGGACAACCGCCAUGCAGAUGCGCGCGCGAGCUGUGCGCUUGCCGCUGGCCAGCUGUACUGCCUUGUGGGUGGUCUGCAUGCGUCACCGCUGACCCAGACCAUGAGCAGCCUGCUCCUCUCCCUCUCUGCCGAUCCGCACCCUGCGGUGCACCACGCCGCGCUGCACGCGCUAUUUUGCGUGGUGGACGCAGCGAGUCUUGGGUACCAGCCGUACGUGAACAGCACCUUGGGCCUCAUGGCGCAGCUGUAUGCCGCGGCCACGCACGAGCCCGAAGGCGGCAGUGCGGGAAGCAGCAACUUGCGCGUGCGCUACCCAGCGUACGCGCCGCUAGCGAGCGUCGUGAGCGCUGUUGUCGGUGUGCUCGGCUCCGACCUGCUGGAGUCGCCGUCGAAGCGCUCGCUCCUCUAUGCGCUCCUCUUUCAGCUCGCACGCGACGCGGGCGCGGGAAGUUGCGCGCAGACCGAGGCGCUGCAGGGCGUGCAGCGCCUCGGUCUUAUUGUGCCGCACAUGCUGGAGACGCGUGCGUGGGCGCAGCUUCUCUUUCACCACGUCGAGCACGGCGACCUGGCGCUGCAGCGUGCCGCCGCGACGGGCUACUACCAAAUGGCCCAGCGCGGCACACGCUGGCUUGUGGAGUACGGCGGGAGUGUGCUGCUGCAAACGCUUUUGGUGCAGCUCGACCGGCAGCCGAGCCUUGCGCCUAUCCGCCAGCUGAUGCUUGUGUGGCUCCAGCAGUCUGCGCCGACGCGCGCGUGCGCGUGGAUUGAUCUGUGUGCUGCGGUGGUGCUUACGCCCGAGCUGUUUGGCGCUGCGAGCAGCACUGUUGCGGCCGCUGCCACGGGCCACGCCGAGGACGAGGAGGCGGCGUCGCUGCAGCGCGAGUCGGGCGCCGCGCCCGUGCGUGCCAUCACGGGGUGGCGUACGCAGCUAUUUGUGCUCCAGUGCGUGCACCACGUAUUUCGCGCGGUGCGUGCGGACGCGGCUGCGGCUGCGGAGCACCUUGGCGCGCACACAUGCGCCAACGACGCGCGGGUAAUGAGCAGCCGCGUGCCCGAGCUCAUCAAGGUCGCCUUUAAUGCGAGCACUGCGGCGCACCGCGCCGUGCGUCUGCAAGGCCUCGCUGUGCUGCGUGACGUGAUGGAGAGCUUUGCUGCGACGCGCGAUCCGCAUUUCCCCGAUGCGCAGCUCCUUGUGCAGUACCAAGCGCCGCUGGCUGCGGCACUUACGCCCGCCUUUGGCGCGGACAGCUCGCCGGAAGUGCUUGCGGCGGCCCUUGCCGUUUGUGCAGCGUACCUUAUCAGCGGCGUGUCGCAGAAAGACUUGGCGACGAACCGCAUCGCAAAGCUUUUGCUUGCUGCGCGGCGCGCGCUCGACGACCCCGCGAUGGCGUCGCUGGGCGAGAUGCAGAGCCUGUCGCCGAACGCGGUGGCCUAUGUGAAAAUUGCGGUGCUCCAUGCGUGGGCGCGGCUUGCGCUUGCGCAAGCGCAAGUGCCGCUCCUCGGCGAGGUGCUUGGUCCGAACAUGGAGCAGCUUGCCGCUGCGUGGGCCACGGCACUGACAGAGUACGCGGUGCUCCGCGAGACGGAGCAUGGCGCGGUGCUUGGCGCGUCUGCGAUGCUUCCGCGCAUGCGUGCCAACAGCCUCAUGACCGAGCUCGUGCAGAAGCAAAUGCUAAGCUACUUUGCCGGGGCGUGGCCGACUAUGCUCCAGGCGCUCACCACCGUCCUCGCGAGCGACGAGGGCGUGCGUGGAGCGCUGCAGAAAAGCACGCCGUUUUUUGCCAUGUACGGCCUUGCGCUCGAGAUGCUCUGCGCUGCGCUGGAGUGCCCUUCGACGGACCGCAGCGUGGUCCGCAUUGUGCUUGCCUCGCUCAACGUGCUUGCGCAGUGCGCCGACGAAGUGCUCUUGGACCCGCGUCUCUUUGCCGAGCUGCUGCAGCUUGCCGUGCGUGCAUUCCUCGUGGCGGAUAUGCCCAUCCAGCUCGGCAUGCUCACCAUUGUGCGCACGCUCAGCCUCACGCUGCGCGAGCGUCUGCUCGAGGACGAGGACGGGAUGGUGCACGACGCGCACUUUACGCGCUCGAAACUCGGUCUCCUCCUCCAUGCGGUGUACGCAUUUCUCCAGCGCAUCCCUGCGCUCCCGCGCGAGAGCAGCGAGAAAAGCAGCUUGCUGAGCGCCGCGUGGCACACGUUUGCGGAUAUGCUCUCCGUGUGCACGCGCGCCGUCCAGCACGACGUCCUUGCGCUGGCCUUCCACACGAGCGCCGAGCAGAUCCGGCGCGAGGACGAUACCGCCGCGGCGCUCGGCCCGUCGCUUUUUGUCCUUGGCGCGCUUGCGCGCGCAGCGUGCCAUGUAGCCGAUACGGCGAUGCAGCGCACGUUGCAGGGCUACCUCACCGCCAUGCUUGAUGUGAGCGAUGCGAUGCGCUCGCGGUCUGGCGAGAUUGCAGCGUGCAAGAGCCGGAACACGUUGGUGAGUGUGAGUCUUGUGCUCGCCGCGCUCGACGCGCGCCUCGCUGUGAGCAGCGAGGUGGUGGAGCAGUUUGCUUUUCUCCUUACCAAGCAGCUCGACAUGGGCCGCGAAGCGUCCAUGGUGGGCCUGCAGUGCAUGCGCAUCAUGAUGCAGGCCGCGAGCAGCCCAGAGGCCAUGCAGUCGUCCAUGCUUUGCGUCGGGCACUGCACCGCGCCCCUCAUUGCAUUUCUCGCGAAGGAGAGCGCGGGCGAGGCGCACGCCGCGGGCAUCGAUACGCUGCUGCUGCUUGUCGAUGUGCUUGCCGACGACCGCGCCGCCGCUUUUUGCAUCGUGCUUCCCGUCCUGGUCGCGUUCUUGGCGCACGCGCCGCACCACGGCCCAAGCGCGGCGCAGCGCGCGCUGGUUUCAGCGCGCGUCGUCGACAUGGCGCGCGAGCACGCGAGCGAAUUCAAGCACGCCACCGCAGCGCUCGACGAGCCCGCGCGGAAUACGCUGCACGACGCGCUGCGCUGCGCGAUGCGCAUUCCCAGCGCGCCGGCCGCCGCGCAAAAAGCCACCGCGCGGAUUUCGCUAAAAACCUUUGGCGCGUAA